GGUCACCGGCCCGUCCGGUCACCUGGUCUAAUUUCUUUUUAUUAUUUUAUCCUGUCUCUCCUCUCCAACGUUUACUUCUGCUGAUCAUAAUGCAAUAGCGCCCUCUUCUCAUUUCUCAGCUCAUUUGGGGCUUUUUUCAUUUCUCAUCCAAAUCAACAAUCACUAAAAGGGUGUUUUUGCUUUCACUUCAAUUACAACCCCUUUUCGUUUCAUCCUCCAUUGCUGAUUGUUCUGUAUUGAACUGUUACUUUGUAUAUGGGAACAUCUUCUGGGUCUCAUUUUAAUCAUCAGCCUUCGCCGAAUAUGCUGCCACCACGUCAACAACCGCGUUCUGGAGGAGGAUUACAAACUUCAUUGUCUCUAGUUCCUGUGGAUCCUUCUGGGUCUCUCAAUGUUCAAGAGCGAGUCUCUAAUUCAGAUCAGGUGCGUGAGUCCCCAACAGAGAGUGCUAGUUCACGGGAAACUUGGCCUAAUGCAAAUUCUGAAGCUUUACUGGCGCAAAAAUUAGAGAAGGAAAGGGAAAAUGGGUUUACUGAACAUUCUGUCACCCGUCGUGUUUCUAGCUCGGAUAGGAUGUCUCUUCGCGACUUGGUCAGAGAAAGAGUGGAUAGUAUCGCUGAGAAAAUGCGACGUCUGCCUGAUGAAGUUCUGGAAAAGUUGAAGAAUGAGGUGCGAAGUCUGCUUGAGGGAACAGGUGGUUCACAACACAGGGAAGAGUUUCUGUUUCUGCAGAAGCUAAUCCAGACUCGGACUGAUUUGACAGAGAAUACACUGAGAAUGGCACAUAGGGUCCAUCUAGAGAUUCUAGUUGCUAUCAGAACUGCGAUUCAAGCAUUUCUUCAUCCGAGCGUGAGUCUUUCUCAAGCCUCUCUGAUUGAAGUCUUUCUUUACAAAAGGUGCCGUAACAUAUCAUGUGGAAGUUUACUUCCAGCUGAGGACUGUACCUGCGAAGCUUGUUCAAAGAGGAAUGGUUUCUGCAAUUUAUGCAUGUGCUUAAUUUGCAAUAAGUUUGAUUUUGAAGUGAAUACAUGUCGGUGGAUUGGUUGUGAUCUGUGUAAUCACUGGACCCAUACAGACUGUGCCAUCCGUAAUGGACAUAUUGGAAUGGGACCUUCUGUGAAGGGUGGGGCAGGCUUAUCGGAGAUGAUUUUCAGGUGUCGGGCUUGCAAUAGAACAUCCGAGCUAUUUGGGUGGGUGAAGGACGUAUUCAUGAGCUGUGCACCAAGCUGGGAUCGGGAAGCACUCAUUCGCGAAUUGGACUAUGUGGGUAGAAUUUUCCGUGGGAGUGAGGAUUCUAAGGGAAGGAAACUGUUCUGGAAGUGUGAAGAACUCAUAGAUAAACUGAAAGGAGGGCUUACAGAACCUGUUGUUUGUAGAGCGGUACUGAUGUUUUUUCAAGAAUUUGAGGUGGACCCUUCAAAGAGUUCGGAAAGUGAGGAAGGUGGGGGGCUAAUAGCACCACAGGAGGCAUUUAACCGGAUUGCUGAUGUUGUUCAGGAAGCUGUUAAAAAAAUGGAGAUGGUGGAAGAGGAGAAGUUGCGGAUGGUGAAGAAAGCUCGUCUAGCUGUUGAGGCUUGUGAUCAAGAGCUUAAGGAUAAAGCAAGGGAGGUGGCAACACUGAAAAUGGAUCGUCAGAGAAAUAAGCAGCAGAUUGAUGAACUUGAAAGCAUUGUCAGGCUCAAACUGGCCGAGGCUGAUAUGUUUGAUCUUAAGGCUAGUGAGGCUAGACGAGAAUCAGAGAGGAUACAGAGGAUUGCACUUGCUAAAACAGAAAAAUCAGAGGAGGAUUAUGCAAGCAGGUAUCUGAAACAACGUUUGAAUGAGGCGGAGGCUGAGAAGCAGUAUCUAUUUGAGAAGAUGAAGCUUCAGGAGAGUUCAAGAGCAUCUCAUACCCAAAGCAGUGCCAGUGGAAGUGACACUUCCCAGAUGCUAAUGUAUAACAAGAUUAAGGACCUACUUAAGAAUAUGUAGAUUUGUACCUUUAAAAGAGGACCAGUUCAGUAGUCUCCAUCCCCUUGGUGCCUAUCCCUUGAGUAACUUCAUAACUAGGUCUUUAUCUUAUUGCCGUUAAAGAGGUGUUAUUAGACUCAAAUUUCUAUUUAGCCUGGUGAAGAAUCCUGAAUGGAAAGAGAUGAGGUGUUGUGACUGUUUAUACAAUCCUGUUUUGUUUUAAACGCAUGAAUGUUUUGCAGUGAACUUCCUCUCAAUCAGGGGUUCAUAAAUGUUUGUCGUGUUUUGUUUGUUUAAUUAUAUGAACCUAACCCUUCCUGUAAGAUGAUUGUUGUUUGCUUUUCCUUUGACGGAUCAAAAUUUGAAAUGCAUGCAAUUUCUCUUCGU